AUGGCCGCUCCUCAGAUCCCUUCCGUGCAGUGGGCGCAGGUUAUCGAGAAGAACGGUGGACCCACCGAGUACAAGCAGAUCCCCGUCCAGAAGCCCGGUCCCGAUGAGGUCCUCAUCAAUGUCAAGUACUCCGGUGUCUGCCACACCGAUCUCCACGCCAUGAUGGGUGACUGGCCCCUCGACACCAAGCUGCCCCUUGUCGGUGGCCACGAGGGUGCCGGUGUUGUCGUUGCUCGCGGCGAGCUUGUCAGCGACAUCGAGAUCGGUGACUACGCCGGUAUCAAGUGGCUCAACGGCUCUUGCCUGAGCUGCAGCUACUGUCAGACCUCGGAUGAGCCCCUCUGCGCCAAGGCUCUCCUCUCCGGAUACACCGUCGACGGCUCUUUCCAGCAGUACGCCAUUGCCAAGGCCAUCCACGUCGCUCGCAUCCCCAAGGAGUGCGACCUUGAGGCCAUCUCCCCCAUCCUCUGCGCUGGUAUCACCGUCUACAAGGGUCUCAAGGAGUCCGGUGCCCGCCCCGGCCAGACCGUCGCCAUCGUCGGUGCCGGUGGUGGUCUCGGUUCCAUUGCCCUCCAGUACGCCAAGGCCAUGGGCCUGCACACCAUUGCCAUCGACGGUGGUGAUGAGAAGGGUGCUCUCUGCAAGAAGCUCGGUGCUAAGACCUUCGUCGACUUCACCAAGUCCUCCAACCUCGUCGCCGAGGUCAAGGCCGCCACCCCCGACGGCCUGGGCCCCAACGCUGUCCUCCUCGUCGCUGUCAGCGAGAAGCCCUUCCAGCAGGCUACUCAGUACGUCCGCUCCCGCGGAACCGUCGUCUGCAUCGGUCUCCCUGCCAAUGCCAGCAUCUCCGCUCCCGUCUUCGACACCGUCAUCCGCAUGAUCAACAUCAAGGGCAGCUACGUCGGCAACCGUUCCGACUCCGCCGAGGCCAUUGAGUUCUACCGCCAGGGCCUCAUCACCGUCCCCUUCAAGACCGUCGGCCUCAGCGAGCUCCAGAGCGUCUACGAGCUCAUGAAGAAGGGUGCCAUUGCCGGUCGCAUUGUCGUCGACACCAGCCGAUAA